AUGAAGCUUUCGUUGCUCUCAUGUUUGCUCCUUCUAUCUGUAUCAUGCAACAGCGCUAACCAAGUUGGCAACCUCAACAAGUUGAUUAAGUCUCACAGAAAUCAAAAGCCUCUUCAGUCUGAGUCGCAGAAUGGCUUAGAUCAGGUUGGAGAUAACACUUAUUCUCCGGUGUAUGUUGGAUCCCAAGAUGGGUCAAAGGAAGCCGAUAAGGUUGAGGCUUUGCCCGGACAACCAACCGAAGGAGUGGAUUUUAAUCAAUAUGCAGGAUAUGUUACGGUUGACGCUGACGCUGGGAGAGCAUUGUUCUACUACUUUGUAGAGUCGCCCCAGAACUCUUCAACAAGACCUCUGGUGCUAUGGCUAAAUGGAGGACCAGGAUGCUCGUCUCUUGGAUAUGGAGCCAUGGAAGAACUGGGACCUUUCAGAGUCAACAGCGAUGGGAACUCACUAUACAAGAAUGGUUAUGCAUGGAACAAUGAGGCAAAUGUCCUCUUCUUGGAGUCUCCGGCAGGAGUUGGGUUCUCAUAUUCAAACACAACAUCUGACUAUCAAAACGUGGGUGACAACAAAACUGCCUCUGACUCUUACAAGUUUCUUAUAAACUGGCUAGAAAAAUUUCCUGAAUACAAAACCAGAGACUUCUUCAUCACUGGAGAGAGUUACGCUGGUCACUACGUACCUCAGCUUGCAUACACCAUUGUCUCUGAGAACAAAAUCACAAAUCAAACGAAAAUCAACCUCAAAGGAAUUGCAAUUGGGAAUGCCUGGAUUGAUGCCAGUACCGGUACACAGGGUGGUUAUGAUUAUUUGUGGACACAUGCUUUGAAUUCUGACGAAACCAGUGCAGGAAUCAAUAAAUAUUGCGAUUUCGUUACUUUUAAUAUCACAAGCACAUGUGAUAAAUAUAUGAGUCAGUCAGAGAAUGAGGUUGGAGAAAUUGAUCCUUACAACAUAUACGCUCCACUUUGCAAUACAGAAUCCAAACCUGCAGCCUCAACUGUUUCAGCAGAUGAAUUUGAUCCAUGCUCUGACAACUAUGUGAACACCUAUCUAAAUCUUCCAGAGGUUCAAGCAGCUCUUCAUGCUAAACCCACACAAUGGUCAGCUUGCAGGUAUGCAUCUACAGAAAUUAUAGAAAACUUGAUUCAAGAUUAA